GCCGGGCGCCAGGUGACAGCUAAUGGCGGCGACCGCCUGAUGCGAGUUGAGCAGCUGAGCAGGGCGGCAGGGGGCGCGUCACGGAGCCUGGCCUGCCGCCGCUGCACUCCGGACUGCAGCUCACCAGAGGCGCCUGGCUUGACGAGACAUGGACAGGCCGGUGGCAGCGGCGGCCGCGGUGGCGGCGAGCUGCGAGGGCGCUGGGGGCCCGGGGCCAGGACCGGCAGCUGGCUGGAGACCAUCUCGGCUUGCGGGUGGGGCUUCGGCCGGCUCCCGGCAGCCCAGCAUGGAGACGCUAGACAGUCCUACAGGGUCACAUGUUGAAUGGUGUAAACAGCUUAUAGCUGCUACAAUUUCUAGUCAGAUUUCAGGUUCAGUGACAUCAGAAAAUGUGUCCAGAGAUUACAAGGUUUUCAGGCGGCCUGAUACCAGGAAUAUUCAUAAAGCAAGACAAAGAUUGGAGAUAGAGGAAGAACACAAUGGCUACCCUUCUGAAGCUGAAGCUGAUCAGGCUCUAAGAGAUGGAAAUAAACUGGCACAGAUGGAAGAAGCUCCACUUUUUCCAGGAGAAUCAAUUAAGGCCAUUGUGAAAGAUGUCAUGUAUAUCUGCCCAUUUAUGGGAGCAGUGAGUGGAACCCUGACAGUGACCGACUUUAAAAUGUACUUCAAAAAUGUAGAAAGAGACCCCCAUUUCAUCCUCGAUGUUCCCCUUGGAGUGAUCAGCAGAGUUGAGAAGAUUGGCGCCCAGAGCCACGGGGAUAAUUCUUGUGGUAUAGAGAUUGUGUGCAAGGAUAUGAGGAACCUGAGACUUGCAUAUAAGCAGGAAGAACAACGAAAACUUGGAAUAUUUGAAAACCUGAACAAGCAUGCUUUUCCUCUUUCUAAUGGGCAGGUGCUAUUUGCAUUCAACUAUAAAGAAAAGUUUCCAGUUAAUGGCUGGAAAGUUUAUGAUCCAGUAUCUGAAUAUAAGAGACAGGGAUUGCCAAAUGAGAGUUGGAAAAUAUCCAAAAUAAACAGUAAUUUUGAGUUCUGCGAUACCUACCCUGCCAUCAUUGUUGUGCCAACUAGUGUAAAAGAUGAUGACCUUUCAAAAGUGGCAGCCUUUCGAGCGAAAGGCAGAGUCCCUGUGUUGUCAUGGAUUCACCCAGAAAGUCAGGCAACAAUUACACGUUGCAGCCAACCACUGGUGGGUCCCAAUGAUAAACGCUGCAAAGAAGAUGAAAAAUACCUGCAGACAAUAAUGGAUGCUAAUGCACAGUCACAUAAACUUAUCAUCUUUGAUGCUCGACAGAACAGCGUUGCUGAUACCAACAAGGCAAAGGGUGGAGGAUAUGAAAGUGAAAGUGCUUACCCUAAUGCAGAACUUGUGUUUUUGGAGAUCCACAAUAUUCAUGUGAUGAGGGAGUCACUGCGUAAAUUAAAGGAGAUUGUGUACCCUUCCAUUGAUGACUCACGGUGGCUAUCCAAUGUGGAUGGGACACAUUGGCUGGAAUAUAUAAGGGUGCUGCUUGCUGGGGCAGUAAGAAUUGCUGAUAAAAUAGAAUCUGGAAAAACAUCUGUGGUGAUCCACUGCAGUGAUGGGUGGGACCGAACAUCCCAGCUAACAUCUCUGGCCAUGCUGAUGUUGGACAGUUACUACCGGACCAUUAAAGGAUUUGAGGCUCUCAUAGAAAAGGAGUGGAUAAGCUUUGGGCACAGAUUUGCACUGAGAGUGGGCCAUGGUGAUGACAACCAUGCAGAUGCUGACCGGUCACCUAUAUUUCUUCAGUUUAUUGAUUGUGUUUGGCAGAUGACAAGACAAUUCCCUUCAGCAUUUGAGUUUAAUGAAUUAUUCUUGAUAACAAUUUUGGAUCACCUCUAUAGCUGUCUUUUUGGAACCUUCUUGUGCAACUGUGAACAACAGCGCAUCAAAGAGGAUAUAUAUACAAAGACUAUAUCUUUAUGGUCUUAUGUCAAUAGCCAGCUAGAUGAAUUUUCAAAUCCCUUCUUUGUUAAUUAUGAGAACCAUGUGUUAUAUCCUGUUGCUAGUAUGAGUCACUUGGAAUUGUGGGUAAAUUAUUACGUACGAUGGAAUCCACGGAUGAGACCACAGAUGCCCAUUCACCAGAAUCUCAAGGAGCUGCUGGCUGUCAAGGCUGAGCUGCAGAAGCGUGUAGAGGACCUGCAGCGGGAGGUGGCCACACGAACCAUCUCAUCUUCUUCUGAGAGGGGCUCUUCACCUACCCACUCAGCCACUCCUGUGCACACCUCAGUCUGAUGGGCAAGGCCAGUGUCCUGGGCCAUCCUACUGCUCUACUGUCUUCCAGCAGCUCAGGGACCUGGCCAUUGAUGCUAUAUGGUUCUGUCUUGUCAUUUUAGGAUUAGGCCCAGGGACCAUUUGUGUGGCUAGCUGACAGCUCCUAUUGUUAACAAGUACUUCCUUUGUGUGAACAGCUUGUGACACUCUUGAGGGUAGUCUCACAGAGGAGCAACAUGUCACAGUCACCCUGUGAACUACCUUGUCUUAUACAGGUAGCUUGGGAGAAACUAGAUUGAAUACAGUGCAGUAUUUCAGCUUAAGAGAAUCUCAUACCACUUCUUUCCAAAUUAAGUCCUUUGUUAGGAACAACCUGUUCACGUAUAGAACACAUCGCCAGCCAUGUUACUGCUCUCAGCCUUUUGGCACAAUUUGAAAACUUUUUAAAUGAAAUGUUAGUGUGGCAAAUGGACCACUGCCACCUGUUCUACAGUUAUCUUCAUGAAAGAAGUCCUCCUAUACAAUUGGUACAAUAUGUACCGCUGUGUACAUACAAGGUAUUUUUUAAAGAGAAACAUACCUUUAUUUUCCUAUGUCCUUUUUUAUGUUAGUAUAGUUCUCUCAGGAGUCAUCUGCUGAACUGUGAUGUAUGAGAAAUUCUUGCCUAACAAAGUUCAUGCUGACUUUCAUGUGGUACAUUUGAAUUAUGAUUUCAGAUGUGUCAUCUCAGUGGCAAUGUAAUAUUGUCCUCUAAUUCUGGUACUUCCUUUUGAGGUGGCACAACCCAUUCAUUCCUUGAUAGAGGUAGCAGCAGGUUCCCUCAAGAUAUAGCAAACUGAAUGCUCAGUCCUCUGGCCUUGUUGCAGGUAAAACUGAGGACUCAAGCAGUAAUUCUGUGUGUGUGUUGGCCUCCCUCUAUGUCAGCUCUCUAAAGGAUAAAGUCUUGGGAAUUACUCUGGGCAUUGGACCUUCCAUCCUACCACUUGUUAAGAUGUCCAGCACCAGUGUUAGAGCAAGUCUUUGACCUGUUAGAUACCUGGACACCACAUCUUCAUUUAUCACAAUCUCUUCUCAGUUUAUUCACAUGGCUGCCUGUCUAUACUUUAAAGCAACCAAUGUGCUGAAGCUUUGGUUUAGAAAGCAUAGCAUGCUCUUCCUUGAUUUUCCUUUCUCAGAGCCAGCCUUGGCUAUCCAGGCCUCUCUCCACAGUUAACAAAUGAGCUUUGCUCCUCCAUCAGUCCUUCUAGGAAUGAAUUUCUCUUCAGCUCCUCUGUGUGCAGUACCAGCAUCCCCAUCCUCACUGCCAUGCCCAUUUUUGCAUGUCACAAGGUCCUUCAGAUUUGGAGAUGUGUUUGAAGCUGCAGAGAGAAGCCCCUGAGCACAGAUGCAUCACAUCUUCUUCUGGUCAUUGUCAAAUCACUGGAUGCCAUGCAGUUCUACACAUUGACCUAGAUUUUCAAAAUGUAUUCUUAAAGAGUUUUCUACAACUGCAUACAUAGAAAAUAGAUGAUUUUUUUUCAACUUGUAACCUUCAGAUUCUUACAGAAAACUAUCCAACCAUAAGAUAACCAGAGACAUUUAUUCAAAGUUUGAUAAGCUAAGAUCAAGUCUCCAUUUUUUAUCAUCUGUGGUAUUUGUUUCUAAACUAUAGUUUAAGUGAUAUUAGCUUUUGAUUUAUUCUCAUGUAUACAAAACCUUAUUUGUAAAUGGAUAAACUGCCAUGCCUGAGAUAGGACUGCUGUGAGUUCAGGGCCAGCUUUGGCUAUAUAUUGAGUUCUAGACCAGCUGGGCUAUAUUGUGGAACACUGUCUCAAAGUCAAUACCAAAAAGAAAGUAACAUAAACUACAAUAUUAUUCCUUCAUAUAAACUGGGAACAUUUACCCAUUUCCCCUAGAAAUACUGUGUAAUUCCCUAGCAAUAAUAGGACUAUUAAACAUAGGGUGGACUGGAUGAUGCUUUGACAUCAUCAAACCAGAACCAGAGAAGCCAUGGGGGCUGCUGCUUGGUGAGGUCAGGUAGCCUGGUACAUAUGGCUGGUGGAAUGGGGAUCUGGCUCCUGGCCAAGCCAUGUCCUCCCAGCUGUGUGCCUGCAGCACUCCUAGAAAUUUCCAUUGGAUCUUAAAGAAGCACAAGAGAGUAUUUCCCUUUGUAUGUUUCUAGCACAGAACUGUUUCUAAAACAACUUGAAGUGUAGUUUUCUUAUCUAAGAAAUUCUUUCAUGUUUGUUUUAUUUAAGUACUAGAAUGUAAAACCUUUAAGGUUCAGAUUUUUAAACAACUAGUACAAUAUUGUAUUUGCCUCAUCUGAUGCACUGUAUUCCAACCUGCAAUUAAAAUUAUAAUAUGUUUA